ACGUUACUCGAGACGACGGAGAACAGCGGAUCACCGUCGUCGACGACGAAAAUCAUCGCGAGAAUUUCGCGUCAUGAGGGCCUAGCGUUCGACACCGUGGGUCAUCGUGGGUCGUCAGCGUCGGGCGUGCGAGAAGGGACGGCGGCGCGCCGGCGGAAGCCCGGAUAGUAGGAGGAGGAGGAGGCACCCGACAACAUGGCCGCCGCCUGCUACGAGAAGGAAGUGGUGGUAGGUGCCGCCAUUCACCACGGACAUGGACACCACCAUCAUCACCAUCACCAUCACCAUCAUCAUCACCAUCAUCACGGUAACGGAGUCGUCGCGCCGUCCGUCGGCGGGGUGACCGCGGGCCAGACAGUCCUGCCGGCGGCGUCCACCGGCCUCGACGAUGCUGCUGUCGUCGCCGCCGCUGCCGCAGCUGCUUCCGCUUCCACGGCUACCGCGGCCGCGGCUGCAGCCGCUGCUGCCGCCGCCGCCGCCACCGCCGCGGCUGCCGCCGUGGCGAUCAACAGCUACAAGGUGCAAGAAUACAAGGACUACUCGCAGCCGCUCCACGUGGACUGCAGCGUCGAGUACGAGCUCCCGAGCCAGGCGAAGCCACCGCCCGGUGGCGGCGAGCCCCUCCUAAUGAUCCAUCCGUGCUACUAUCGACGCGCCGAGCGCGAGAGGAGGAGCCCCUUCGUCAAUAAUUUGCCGCCCCCGGCGGCGCCGACGACGACGCCUAUGUCCGCCUCCCGCAGGAACGGUCGCAGGAGCGCUGCGACGGCGUCCGCCGUGACAGUCGCUACCGCAGCGGUCGCGGUUGCGGCGACUUCCUCAACGACAACGACGGUCGUCCCGCCGUCGAAUAACAUCGUCGUUUCCUCCAACGUUGUAUCCGCUUCCGUUGUGUCACCGGCGACGUCUAUCGCAUCGUCCUCGGUCGCCGCGGCAGUGGUAGCUGCCGCGGAUUCCGGUAGCGGUCUCAUAUCCACGAGCGGUCAGAUGUCCGCUGUCACCAUGGCUGCAGCCUCGUAUCGCGCGGCGCUCAAUGUUGCUGCGGCAACGUUGUCUCAGCAGCAACAGCAACAGCAGCCAUCUCAGCGACGGCAUCAUCCUCAGCAGCCACAACCGCAACAGCAGCAGCAGCAGCAGCAGCAGCAGCAACAACAACCACAACCACCACCACCACCGCCACCACCACCUCAUCAUCAUCACCAUCAUCAUCACAGAAAUCAUACUCAUGCCCCUCAUCAACACCAGCAGCAGCAGCAGCAGCAGCAUCACCCCCAACAACAACCUCAACAACGACCCGUAACACCAACGGCAUCCGGUACCGCCGACCUCAUCUCCGCCGACGAGAAGGCAGUCAUAUCAGGUAUUUAUCAACAUUACUUCCGCGCCAUGCGCGCCCACAAUCAUCAACACCGCCAGCAGCAGCAGCAGCAGCAACAGCAGCAGCAACAUCGUACCACUACCACUCAUCAGCUUCAUCAUCAACCUCACCAAAGCGAUCGAAGUUCCUCCUCUUCGUCGUCGGUCACGUCUCCGACGUCAAUCUCCGGUAUUCUACGACAGACUUAUCAGCAGGCAUACAGCAAUAUCGCGGCCGCGAGCUCGAGCUCGGGCAGUCAUCAUCGUGCCGGGACAUCGGCGGUCUCGGCAAUCGCCCAUCACCCCUAUAGGCGACCGUCGGUGACGUUGCUGUCGCGAACGGCCUCGCAUAUCGGUCAGCAGGCUUCCUCUUCCUCGUCCUCAUCCAUCUUCGGUGCUUCCAACGGCGUUUCUGCCGCGGCUGGCGUCUCCAGCGUAUACGCGAGCACGAUACACAGGCAUCACGCGACUUCCCUGCACGCUCUCCAAGCCGCCGCCGGCUUCUACGAGACGCCGAGUUAUCACGCCCUCCUGCCUCAAAGUUAG